ACUACCACAAUAAGUUUUCUGAUAUGACAGUUGUGGCUGCUCAUCAUUUCUCUUUCGUUGUGCUUGUAAAAUUUGUGCAUAGCGUAUUAUCAAAAAAUGGCAUUUCCAACUUGACCGCCGCGAGGCAUUUGUAGUUUUUUAAAAUAGUACCUAUUAAGAUCUGCCAAGGAAAGUUUCGGAAAACGAUUAUUUUCAGUCAAUCGUCGACUACGUUAGCACUCUCAAUACAAUGGAAGUUCGAAAACUGCGAUUCUUCCCCUCCUAGCGACUGCAUCUACAUCAUCCGCGUACGUUCCGUCUGGCCAUCGCCACUUUCUCUCGCCGAUGCCUCAGCAGAUUACUCAACUCGGUCGCGCACAACACAGCGGUCCGGACUGCUCAGUGGAUGUUUUGUAACGGUAGUCGGUGAAUCGUGCGGUGUGGUAUCGGUCGUGUGGACAGUGGUGUGAUGUGUGUGUAGUGAUGGUGGAGCGCGAGGGCGCACGUCGCGGUAGCGGCGGAGGCGGCGGCUGCGGCUGGGGCGGCGGAGUACUGGGCCGCUGGUCGCUGCGCCGGCUGUUGCUGGACAGUCCACUUGUGGGCCGCCGGCUUGCACAUACAGUAUUAGACCAGACAGACAGCCGGCCGGUGAAACUAUCCGGCGUCGAGAUACAAAACAAACAACAGACACCCGUCGAGUUUAUCGCUGAAGACGACGAGGGCGACGCAAUAGAAUGUCCACUAUGUCUGUGCGUGGUCGCCGGGCCGAACCUCGUGCGGCUGGCGUGGUGCGCGCACCGCUGCUGCGAGCCCUGCUUGCGACAGUACCUCGCCAUCGAGAUCUUCGAGGCUCGUGUCCCGGUCAGCUGCCCCGUCUGCCACGAGAACAUGCAUCCUUUAGAUGUCCGGAAGAUCGUCGACAACCCAGUUCUAUAUGACAAGUACGAAGAGUUCAGCGUGAGACGAGCGCUCGCCGCCGACCCUGACACUAGGUGGUGCCCCGCACCCGAUUGCAGUUUCGCAGUAGUAGCAACGGGUUGUGCGUCAUGUCCAAAGCUGACCUGCCUAGCGCCUGGUUGCGGCGCCUCCUUCUGUUACCACUGCAAGGCGGCGUGGCACCCCACGCAGACAUGCGACGCGGCGCGCCGCUCCCGGGCCCCGCCGCCGCGCGCGCCCCAGCCCUCACACGCUGACCUUGACCAUGGAGAAGUGAAGCCAUGCCCGCGCUGCUCAGUCCUGAUUGUCAAAGUGGAGGAUGGAUCGUGCAACCACAUGGUGUGCUGCGUGUGCGGCGCCGAGUUCUGCUGGCUCUGCAUGAAGGAGGUCUCCGAUCUGCAUUACCUUAGUCCAAGCGGCUGCACGUUCUGGGGCAAGAAGCCGUGGUCGCGCAAGAAAAAGCUACUGUGGCAGCUGGGCACGCUGGCGGGCGCGCCGCUGGGCAUCGCCGUGGUGGCGGGCGUGGCGCUGCCCGCGCUGCUGGUGGGGCUGCCGCUGUGGGCUGGUCGCCGAGCGCAUCGCCGUCUGCGCCGCGCCAGUGCGGCGCGCCGCCGCGCCGCUGUCGCCGCCGCCGUCGCUGCCGCGCUGGUGGUGUCCCCGGUGGUGGCGGGCAUAGCAGUGGGCAUCGGCGUGCCCAUCCUGCUGUUCUACGUGUACGGCGUGGUGCCGGUGUCGCUGUGCCGCGCGGGCGGCUGCGGCGGCCAGCCGGCGCGCGCGCACCACUUCGACGACGACGCGCCGCCCGACAACGACGCGCAGAGCCGCCGCCUCGAGCCCAGCAUAGGCGACGCGUCGCUGUCGGCGGGGUCGGCGGCGGCCGAGGCGCGCGCGCCGUCGCUGGCCGCGCUGGCGGGGUCGCUGGGGGCGCCCGAGCCCGCCGAGCCGCCCGGCGGCGGGGCCGGCCUGCCCGACCUGCAGCGGCUCGAGGUCACGGCCGACGUGGCGCCCGCGCUGCCGGAGGGCGCCGCCUGGCCGCUGGAGCUGCCGUCCACGUCGUCGCGCUCGGCGCGCCUGCGCAGCCUGUUCCUGUACGGGUCGGCGGGCCCGCCGGCGCCGCCCGACGCCGAGGCCGGCGCCGGCGCCGCCGCCUGCAGCCGCGAGCCCGCCGCGCCGGCGCCGCGCGUGGAGCUGUCGGCCGCGUGCGAGACCCGCCCCGCGCAGGCGUCGUAGCCCCCCGCGGCCCCCGCCCGCCUGACUCUGGCUCGCUCCCGCGUAAGAUACUAAGUGUAAGUGUAGACAUCGAACUAUGUCGGCGCCCCCCGCUGGCCGGCGCCGCCCGCUUCGCGCUUUCGGUGCAGUGUUACUCGAUCCGAUAUUUGUGAUACUUUAAAUAAUAAUUACUAUUAAUUAUCUAAAUUAUUUAAUUUUUCACGUUUGUAGGCAAAAGUAAUCGUAAGCGAUAUUAUUAUGUUAUGUGAAUCAUUUAAAAGUGUAAACUAAGGAUUAAACUGUAAUUAUAAUCUGGUCUGUGGUUUCAUUUUGGAGGGGAUGAAUGAAAGAAUGGUCGGUGUCGGUUCGUAUAUUUCAGUAAGACGACGCUACGGACCGGCCCACGAGCCGUGCCUCAUUACGGUGUCGGCAGACACUCGAUUCCAAUUUCUAAAAAAAUAUUCUAAGGGAAUUAUAACGUACCGACGUACGUGGUACUCGAUAAUGUAACGUACAACAUUUCAACACCCUUACCGACCAACAGUCACAGUACAAUUUAUGUAAACUCUACUUCUUUAUAUAACUCUAAUACGGAAGUUACAGACGAAAUUAUACCACAAAUAAAUAUAAAUUCUUCUAUAGUAAAUCCAAUUUGUAGGCCUUGUAUACGUUACAAAUAAAACAAAAUUUUAAACAAUGAACAAAAGGAAUGUUAAUUUUGGUUCCCAGGCCAGCGCAAAAACAAAACUAAAUAAUUUAGGUAAAUUCUAAUUUACAUUUUGUACAAUAUACAAUUUAUAAAUGCAAACGAUAUUGUCAUGUCACAUUGUUGACAAGGUAGCGCAGGUCGUGGAGGGUAUUUUUAGAACUUUAAAUGGACCGUUUUCUGCUAUGAACAUUAUUACUAACCUUAGUAUAGUAUACAUUAUAAUGUAGAGACAACUUAGAAACAAGAAGGAUAAAGGCGUUUUCGCACUACUCUAACUCUUAGGCGAUUCUCACACUGCCCCGCAUGAUGCAGCGUAGCGCGUGUUCUUCCGUUGCUUGUAAGUUUACAAAGGGCGAAUUCGCCGCGAAACGAUUCGCGCGAAGUGAUUCGCGCGUUAGUGAGAUACUAGACAGCAAUACAUCGCGUCCACAAGCAUCGCGCGAAUUCAAAAUACGCGCUUAAAUCGCGUGCACUACGCUCGACUCUCGACUCGCGCUUGAUUCGCGCGAGUUGAGAUACUAGGGACGCCUUGUUGCGCCCAGUUAACGCGCGAACUUUAGAGCGAGUGCACGUAUCGAGGGCAAUGGAGCGGCAAAAUUAUGACACGGAAUACCCAAAUGCUCGCGCGUUGGUACGUACCUUGUGGACGCAACGGUCGCGCGUAAUACGCGCUAGAUAAUCGCGGCGAAUUCGCUCUUUCUGGACAAGCUCUACACACAGAAAAUGCAUCCACGCGCGUUCAUGCGGGUGCAUUUUCUGUGUUUUAGACCGUGCGUGUUUUCUAUACAAACGGAGAUACUUACAAGCAACGGAAGAACGCAUCCACGCGCUACGCUGCAUCAUGCGGGGCAGAGAAUCGCCUUAUCCGAUUCGAGUCCGUAAAAUGACUGAUCCGAAGUGGCCGUAGUACUAUUGUAUGGUAGUUUGCUAGUGCUACAUCCGAUAUAACGUAGUAAUUUUCAACUGUCCGUCAUUCUUGGUCGGGUAUAAGAAUCGGAUGUGUGAAAAAGCUGUUAGUUUGAAAGGGUUGCAAUGUUUCUUGGAACUAUAUUAGCUUGGAGCUAUGUUAGGCCGUUGGGACCCUCGUUAUGUACGUUUCGUCGACAAUAGAUGGCGUAAGUGUAGCCACGCCAUACGGUGAUCGAAAUUAUUAUUUUUGUCAUAGAUAAACUUGCUCUACACCUUUUUGCCACUACUUAAAAGGUCUAGAGACCCACAAAAAUAUUAUAAACAGGAAGGGUUUCUUCAGUUUUACUCUGGGUUUGAAACUAUUGCUAACUUCCUAUUCAAAUAUUCUUUUUAUUACUUAUUGUUAGAAACUACACAUAAAAAAGGUGAAGGUUUAUUUACUUUUAUUGGUAACAAAAAUACAGAAACUUGAUAAAUACUUUUGUAUGGGAAUGUAUAUUUAAUAAAUAAUUUAAAGAAAAUACAUUAUAUUAGCGCUUGUGGCACAAAUAAAAUGAAGCCUCAAUUAUGGAAAAAGACUAAAUUAUUUAUGUUUUACACUGAAUCCUAUACAUAUAGGCUAUACGUA